UAAACCUGCAAUCAUGGGGAAAGGUUUGUACAUUAGCAAGUCGGUGGGGAUCACUCUGAUUGUUCUUGCUGUUGCAGCCGUGGCCACUAUCAUCGCUUUAUCGGUGGUCUUCCACAAUGAGAAGUCCAGAACUGUGGAGAAACCUCAAAUAAACGAGACCGACCAGUGGAAGAGCUACAGGUUACCCGGCACUCUCUCUCCUCAGUACUACAAUAUAACCCUGUGGCCUCGACUUGUGCCGGACGCCAACGGCAUGUACAUCUUCACUGGACAUUCAGGAGUGGCCUUCACAUGUGUGAAAGAAACAGGUCUGAUCCUCAUUCACUCCAACAAACUCAACUACACUCUGACUCCAGAAGGACACCAUGCCAAGCUGACCGGUCUGGAGGGUGCCAAAGCUCCAGCUAUAAACAAAACAUGGCUUGAAGUGGAAACCCAGUAUCUGGUGAUUCAGCUCAGCGAGACCCUGCAGGUUGGGAAGAUCUACUGGCUCUAUAUGGAAUUCCAAGGAGAACUGGCCAACGACCUUCGUGGGUUUUACAGAAGUGAAUACUUUGAGGAUGGAGUGAAGAAAGUCGUUGCUACUACACAGAUGGAGCCGACCGAUGCCAGGAAAGCUUUCCCGUGUUUUGAUGAGCCGGCGAUGAAGGCCGUUUUCCACAUGACCCUCAUUCACCCAUCCGGCACAGUGGCUCUAUCUAAUGGCAUGGAGAUGGGCACAAAGACGAUCACCCUGAGAAAUCAAAAUGUUCUGCAGACCAAGUUCAAACCAACUCUAAAGAUGUCGACAUACCUGGUAGCUUUUGUUGUCAGUGAAUAUUCCUCCAUCAGGACAGCAGCAGAGACUGAUGUUUUGGUCAGAAUUUGGGCUCGAAGGACAGCAAUUGAAGCUGGACAUGGGGAUUAUGCUCUGAGCAUCACUGGCCGCAUCCUUGAUUUCUUUCAGAGUUAUUACAACUCAAAAUAUCCACUGCCAAAAUCAGACCAAAUUGCACUGCGUGAUUUCGAUGCUGGAGCCAUGGAGAACUGGGGUUUAAUCACUUACAGAGAAACAUCUCUUCUAUACGACCCCAUCACCUCCUCUAAUAAAGAUAAAGAAUGGGUGUCGACCACGAUAGCUCAUGAGCUCGCACACAUGUGGUUUGGAAAUCUUGUGACCAUGAAAUGGUGGAAUGAUCUGUGGUUGAAUGAAGGCUUUGCUACAUACGUGUCGUAUCUGGGGGUCGAUGAUGUUCAGCCCACCUGGAAUAUCAAAGAUCUGAUGGUGAUGACGGAGACCCAUAAGGCGUUUGCUUUUGAUUCUAAUAAAUUUUCUCGCCCGCUGUCCCUCCCGGAAGAGGAGGUCAAAACUCCUGCACAGAUUAAUGCACUGUUCAACACCAUCACCUACAGCAAGGGCGGCGCUGUGUUAAGAAUGCUGUCAGAGUUCUUAUCUGAGCCAGUGUUCGCCAGAGGACUCAGUGCCUAUCUGAAGCAGUUUGCGUACGGGAACACAGUGUACACUGACCUGUGGGGGAAACUUCAGGAGGUGGUCGACGCCGAUCCAGAGGUCAAUCUUCCAGCCACCAUAUCUGAAAUCAUGAAUCGCUGGAUUCUCCAGAUGGGCUUCCCAGUGGUCACCAUCGACACCAGAACAGGAAACAUCACCCAGAACCACUUCCUGUCAGACGCAGAUUCAAAACCAAGCAGAUCAUCGCCUUACAAUUAUGAAUGGUUUGUUCCCAUCUCCUGGAUGAAGAAUGGAACUGUCAUGAACCGAUACUGGCUGCUUGAGAAAAACGCUACUCAUGACCCUUUGAAGACGAACAGCGAGUGGGUUCUGGCCAACGUGAACGUUUCAGGAUUUUACAGGGUUAACUAUGAUCCCCAAAACUGGCAGCGUCUCCUCUCACAGUUAUCUACAGAUCAUUCGGUAAUACCUGUACUCAGCAGAGCUCAGAUUGUGGAUGAUGCUUUUAACCUGGCAAAGGCAAAUAUGAUCAACAUGUCUUUGGCUCUGAGAACCACCAGUUAUCUCUCAGAGGAGAGGGAGUACCUGCCAUGGCAGUCUGCCAUCAAACACCUCAAUACCUUUAUUAACAGGUUUCGUCAUACUGAAGUCAAUACAAAAAUGCAGAAAUUCCUGCGGAGCAAAGUACAACCGCUGUUUCAUUACCUCAAAAACAUCACUGCUGACUGGACAGAGAUUUUAUCCAGCCACACUGACCAAUACAACCAGCUUAAUGCCAUCUCACUCGCCUGCACAGCUGGUGUAGAGGACUGUUUAGAUCUCACCAAAAUGUGGUACCGCCAGUGGAUGAAGAAUCCUGACAAAAACCCGAUUAAGCAUAGCAUGAGGAGCACAGUGUACUGUAAUGGCAUUGCAGCUGGAGGAUCAGAGGAGUGGGAAUUCGCUUGGAACUUGUACAAGAAGAGUGUUGAUGAUGCUGAGGCAGAACUGCUGAUAUAUAUUUUAUCAUGCACCAGAAAGCCUGAGCUUUUGAACAGGUACCUGAACUACACGUUAGAUCCGAACAUGGUCCAGAAGAAGCAUGUCAAUUAUGUUAUUAGGCAUGUUGCCAAUAAUGUGGUUGGUCAGCCAUUAGCCUGGGACUUCAUCAGAGCCAACUGGAGCAAUAUUCUUAAAGAGCAAAAACAUGCAUCAUUUUUCACAAUUCUUUAUUUUACAACCAAAAGUUUCUCCACAGAAGUUGAACUAAAAAAGUUAGAGCUGUUUAAAGAAGAGAUCAACAAAGCUGGGUUUGGGACUGAAGCACUGGUGGUGGAUGAAUCCAUAACGAUAACAAAAGAAAACAUGGAAUGGAUGCAGAAAAAUAAAGGGGAAGUGAUGCAGUGGUUAAAGGAAGAACUGGCCUGAGAGCUCUGUGGGGAUAAACCUUUUUGUUUACUCAU